GUAGUAAGUAAAACGAAAAACACAGCCUUAAAAAAGUCAUAUCCCCGUCCAAACAAACACCAAUAACGGGAGAGCUGACGUCACCGCCGGUCACGAUGCACGGCAAUCAUCAUCCCAGGCCCAGCUACCUUACCCGUUUCUCCCCUCUCUUUCUCAACAGCCCGAUUGUUUUCCUGUCUUAUCCUACACCCCCUUCCCCUCCGGCGCACGUUAGCACUUUUCCUUUCUCUCCCUCCUUCACAUGGACCCCGCCACCUGGUCCAUCAUUCUCCACCACAGCCGCGCCGGCGGCGGCCGCGAAGACUGUUGGAGCGAAGGCGCUACAGAAACAUUAAUCGAAGCAUGGGGAGAUCGUUACGUUAAUCUAAACCGCGGGAAUCUCCGUCAAAAAGACUGGAAAGAAGUCGCCGACGCUGUUAAUUCCCGUCAAAACGGCGUCAAACCAAAAAAGACUGACAUCCAAUGCAAGAACCGAAUCGACACUUUAAAAAAAAAGUACAAAAUCGAAAAAGCUAAACCACCUCCGUCAAAAUGGCCGUUUUAUUAUCGUUUAGAUUCACUCGUCGGUGUUAACAACCAUCCUACCAAAAGAAAACCUAACGCCGUUACUUUGACUGUUAAACGAAAGCCAGCGGUUUACUCCUCUACAGAGACGACGUCCUUUCAUGAGGAGGAGGAGGAUGUAGGGUUUGAUGAGAGAGUAAUAAAGAAAGAGCAUAGAAUGGAGGAUGUCGAUUGUUCAGAUGGAGCUGCGUGUAGAGAAUUAGCGAGAGCGAUAUUGAAAUUUGGAGAGAUAUAUGAGAGAAUUGAGAGUUCUAAACAGCAACAAAUGUUUGAAUUAGAGAAACAGAGAAUGGAGUUUACUAAAGAAGUUGAGUUUGAGAGGUUGAAUUUGUUUAUGGAUGCUCAAUUGGAGCUCGAAAAACAGGCAUUAAAGCGCGCCAAAUAUGCCUCUUCUACUCCAGGGAAGAAGUUGUAAAUGGGGUCACAUUCAAUUCUAAAGGUGUGCUACCAUCUGCCAAUCUUCACGAAAAGCCUCUUUUGAUCACUAGCUGAAGACUGGAAGUUUUCUGUCACAUCAUCCGAAUGCUAUUAUGUUACAGAUUUAGCUUUGAAGCUUCUGUAGAUGGUUAGUGUGCAGUGUAUGUAUUGUUGUAGCAUUAUUCAGUAUAAAUGAUUAUGUUAUUCCUACUACAAAUUAUGUAUCUAGAACUGUAACCCAUGUUUACAUUCUUAGGCAUCUUAGUGUUCUUCAAGCGAUGAAUAUGUUAUUAGAUUGUAUCUGAAUAAAGGUGAUGCUGAUUGGAUUUGUCUCCUA